AUGAAGUUCACAUCCAUCGCCGCCCUCUUCGCCCUGCCGCUCCUCAGCGCAGCCAGCACCAUCGACCGCCGAACGCUCUCCGCUGUCGUCACCGUCGACACCAACAAAGUCGUCUCCACUAACGUCCCCGUCAUAGAGGGCAUCGUCCAGCCCGGCGCCGUGCAAAUCUCCUCCUCCCCUCACGGCUACGGCACCCUCGUCACGCUGCAGGGCAUCGGCGACUACCGCUCGGGCGAGUUCUUUACCAAAGACGCGGCGACCGGGCAGUUCAGCCAGAACGGCGGCAACGUGCUCUUCUACAACGCCCUGGCGUACGCCUUGCUUGCGCCGCUGCAGGAGGCCGCGCUGCUUGUUCACCAGUAA